UUGCAAAAUCAAAUGUUAUUUUCUCUUAUGUGCAAAACGAAUUGUCAAAGUUGCAAAAAUCGUUGGAAUGGAGAAAUGAACAUCAACAAAUGUGAAGGUUUAUUUGUGAUUUUAUCUUUUUAAUGUUCAUCAUGUAACAAUACCAUCACCAUUGGUAAGUAACUACUUUAGACUAUCGAAAUUGUAUGCAUAUUAUUAAUACGUGCAACAUUUCUCUCUAAUUUUUUCAGAAACAAGUCCGAAGGUUGUUGGAUCAGAUCAUCGAGAUAUUAAUGUUCGAUCACAAAUUGGUGGCCAUUUGUGUGGUAUUAGAUAUGCUGAAUUACCAAAAUUAAUGGGUGCUAUGAAUUUACCAAGUCCAAUUCAAGAACAAAUAUAUUCAAAAUGGGAUAAAAAUUUAUUACUUUCAAUAAAAUCAUUUUCAAACCGAUCUAUGACAAGAGCUGUUAAUGAAGCUGUGACUGCUAGGCAUGGUGCAGCAGCUCUUCUUUCUUGUAACACAACACCAGAAGUACUUGAUAUUGAAACAUGUAGUAAAACAUGUAAUGUUUGUAUGGGCGCACUUGCUAUUAAGAAAUCUAAUCCAGCUAAAUGCAAUGAUGUUAUUAGAUCACAUCAUUGUGAAAAAAACUACAACAAAAGUUCCGGUACAAUAGAAGCUCAUGCUGUUCUUAACAUGUUCAAACGAUCAGUAUCUAAAUAUGGAAUUUACUACACAAGUUACGUUGGUGAUGGCGAUUCAAAAACAUUUACUAUUCUUUCUAACGAAACACCAUAUCCAGGGAAAGUGAUCAAGAAAAUCGAAGACUUGAAUCAUUUUAGCAAAAGAAUGAAACGUCAACUGGAAACAAAAAAACGUGAAUAUGAACGACAAACAUUAUCUGAUGAUAAAACAAUUGGUGGUAAAAGUCGUCUUUCCACUGCUCGUGAUGGAACACCAUAUGAUCAUACACCAUAUGCUUUACCUCGUCCUGUCCUCGAUGCCAUCAAGCCUGUUUUUGACAACCUCUGUUCUCGGAAAAGUCUUGCAUGUGUAGUUGAUGCAUCAAGUCAGAAUGCAAACGAAGGUUGUCAUUCGCUUGUCUGGCUUAUGUCACUAAAACACAAGGUAUCAUCUGGAACAACACUUGAAAUUGCAUGUCAUCUUGCAAUAAUAAUAUUUAAUGAUGGAUAUUUUGCAUUAGGAGAUCUUUUCAACAACAUCUGUGGUUAUCGUGGUCAUUACACCGAUCAAGCAAUGAUUCACUUCGACAGCAGUCGUCUUCAUACAGAAUCAAAAGAAGAUAAUAGAAAAAGAAGAAAAGAAGCUGAUCAUGUUGUACAACAAAAUGAAGAUAAUAAUGGUCAAGCAAAUUAUAGUUAUAAUGCCCUCGGUGAUGAUAAUGAUAAAAAAAUUAAUAGUCAUGAACAAACAGAUGAUGAUUAUAAUGAAACAAAUCCUGGUGAUCAACUAACAUCUGAAGAUAAGGGUGUGGGUGUGGGUGUGGGUGUGAGUAUUGGUGUGGGUGUGGGGUGUGGGUGUGGGUGUGGGGUGUGGGUGUGGGUGUGGGGUGUGGGUGUGGGUGUGGGGUGUGGGUGUGGGUGUGGGUGUGGGUAUGACAGAAUGGAAUAACAACACCCACACCAGACCCACACACCCACACCCACUCCCAUACCGACACCGACACCCACACCCACCGACACCCACACCCACACCCACACCCA